AUGAUUGAAGAUCUACAAAAGGAGAUCGGACUAGCUAGAUUAAAAGUUGCACACGUUGAGGCUGGCAUAGAAGAGCAACAAAAGUUAAAAUGGACGAAAACUAUAGAAAAUACAAAAAAAGAAGGUGGACAAUUAUUCAAACGAGGACAUAAUAAACUAUCUAAACAAUUUGUCAUACAAUAUUGA